UCAACUGUGUAUGAAACAGAUGUCCUUUUUUCUUUUGAAGAGCUGAAGAUGGCAGCACCAGGGAUAUCUAGCCAAGCAUUUCUUAGAAUGCUGGAUCAACGCACUGUUCGCUUUGGCCGUUUUGCACUGAGACAUUUCUGAAAAAAAAAAACCCAGGUCAUUCUGAAGAUCUCAACUUCAACUCCAUUGGCUACAGACUUUGACAUCUCCUCAAUUUUAUUUCCUGAUCCCAGAAAUGUUCCCUUGGAUUAAUGGCCCAAACAUAACACAGGCUAUAUGGAACAAUAUGGAAGCUGUUGUUGCUCUCUUUGUGUAUAGAUUUAGACUGAAUGUCAAACAAUAUCCUGUAUUUUUAAUGGCCAGGUCCCCCAAAUACAUCAGUGUAUAGUGUAUGAGUGAAGUCUACACAUUGUUUAUUUCCUUUGAUAUGUAGUACUAACAUUCCAAAAUGUAUUUGAUCCGUUUUACUGUUCUCCUUUGUUCUCUUUUACUGAACUCUUCUUUGAAACAGAAUGGAAACAUCACAGCAGACAGCUUCCGGAAAAGCUUCUUGGAGUGGGAAGCUGUCCGAUUCGAAGUGGACAAAUUAUGCCAGGAGGACCACUUUAACUGCCCAGCAUGCAGCCCAGACAUGCUUGCAGUAUCCGUUGAUGGAAACCGUAAGCACUACAGAUUCAAGAGUGCAGCUAGAUCGGAGGAAAAAGCCAUCUUUGAUGGCGUGUUCAUCACGAAUGAUGAUGACGUCGCAAGAUUCGUGGACUAUGUCCAUACCUCAACCAGUCAUGUCUCUGGAAGAGGUGUCUGUGGAGGGCAAUGGUCAGCGGCUCAUGAAACGUCUCAGAAGUCCUCAGGAAAAACAGACGAGGAGGGCCUGGAACUUGCUGUAUGUCGUCAUGGGGUUCUCCUUCGUGCCCUCAAUAUGUUCAGGGGCGAAAUCUUUGCCUACCCCCUGUACCUCCAAAAGCAAAUGGCCUGUAAGCCAGUUACAUUUUUUGCAAUGGAUGUGGCAUGCAAGUACUGGCCUUACCUCCAGAGAGUGACAGAGAAAUGCCCUGAGCUUCAGGAUCUCCUCAACAUGAGGCCAUUUCUUUCUGUUUUUCAUGCCAAAGCUCAUGAUUUCAAAUGUGAGGUAAAAUGGAGUGGAGCAUAUUAGGAGGGGGCUGGUUCGACUCUUGGCGAAGAGGUGGAGCAGUGCAACGCCUUCCUCUCGAGGAUUGCUGUUACGACAAAGCACAUGUCAAAAGCGGCAACAACAUCCCCAAAUGAUGCUGAUGUUGCCGCUGUUGCCAGCCGAAUUGAGGAGCUGGUGGCAAGUGUUAAGAGGAAGUCCCAGCGUCUUUACAAGGAUAGUGACGGAUGCAAAGGACGUGCCCGAAUCCGCCGAAAGAUCAGGGAGAAAAAAAAAAUCUUAAAUUCUGUAGUGGAAAAAUAUAACACCUUGGUUCCUAAUGCAGAAAAACUGACAUUGGACACCAUUCU